AUGUCCAACUCCAUGAUCACUGGGUUUACAGUGGGUAUAUCGUUUCAUGUUGCUACAAGCCAGCUGAAGACUAUGUUCGGACUUUCAGUUCCUCGCUACAAGGGUCCAGGCUCUGUUAUAAGGACUUGGAUUUCAGUUUUGUGGAAUUUGCCAAAGACAAAUGUUGCUACACUAUCAACUUUUCUUAUUAGUGUACUUGUGUUAUACCUGGUAAAAAGAUUUAUUAAUGACAGAUACAAAAAGCAUAUGAGAAUCCCUGUUCCCAUUGAAUUGAUUGUGGUUAUCAUUGCAACCCUGAUAUCUAAGUUUGCUUAUCUUCAUGAGAAUUUUCAUGUCACAGUUGUUGAGUCAGUGCCAGUUGGUCUGCCAUCACCGACAUGGCCAGAUUUCUCCCUAGUUACAGAUUAUAUUGGAGAUGGUAUUAUUAUCAUUGUGAUAGCUUAUGCUCAGACUCUGGCCAUGGCUAAAACUAUGGGGUUAAAGCACAACUAUGUAGUGGACUCAAAUCAAGAAAUGCUUGCGUGUGGAAUGUGCUCUAUUGUUUGUGGUGUGUUUUCUGGAUAUAUUUCUGCUGCAUCUGUCUCCCGAAGUGUUGUUCAAGAUGGUGCAGGCGGUAAGACUCAAGUGGCCUCUGUAUUUGCAGCUGUCCUGGUUUUGUUAGUAAUUUUGCUUAUUGGACCAUACUUCUACUAUCUCCCAAUGUGUGUCCUGUCAGCUGUAAUCAUUGUCAACCUCCAGUCCAUGUUCCUCAAACUAUUAGACAUCCCAUCAGAAUGGCGGAAGUCUCGAUACGACUGUGCAGUCUGGGUGUUUUCUUGUGUUGCUUGUAUUGUUCUCAAUGCCGAUUUUGGCUUGCUGGCUGGUGUGCUGUUCUCUUUGUUUUUAAUAGUUUUACGGACAAUGUUGACACCCGUUGUUGAAGUUGGACAGAUUCACUCCAGUCCUGUCACUGUUGAGCUUCGAUCUCUCGACAAGUAUUCUUUUGCUCAGCAAUUUAGUAAUGUUAAAAUCAUACAGAUUGAAACACCUUUAUACUUUAUCAAUGCUGAUAUAUUUACAGCAAAGGUUUUCAGCAAAACUGGAAUUGAUCCAGUCAGUCUUAAGAAACAAACUAAAGAAAUUACAAUUCGUAACGCUUCUAAAACAAGUCUCAGAAAUGGUAUUAAUGGUAGUGAGGGCCAUGACAAGAUGUUGGAGGCUAGUUCUGAUGUACCAGUGAAAGCAAUCAUUCUAAAUGCAUCUGGAGUUGCCUUCAUUGAUUUAAUGGGAGUUCAGGCACUACAGUUUCUCAUCAAUGAAUUUGCAUCAGUGGAUGUCGAUGUCCUCAUCACAUCAGUACCAGAAAAUGUUAUUCCAAUGCUGAAGUCUACAGGUUUUUGGACUAAAAAUGGAAGCCGUUUAUUCCUCACCGUGGAAGCAGCUCUAGCAUCUGUUGUUACUGCGGUUAAAAUUAUAGAAGACAGCACAAAAGGCACACAUGAUGGUGCUGUUCCAUAG